AUGUUAGCUAUUUCUGCUCCAUCAUCUGCUGAUCUUUUAACAGAUGAAGAAACCAUUUCUGCAACUUCUUCAGAAACUGGAACACUUCUUAAAGGAGGGACAGGUAAAUCACCUGAGAGGAAGAUUAGCAAGCAGUCAAAAAACAGCUGCUCAAAAGAAGAUGUCACUCAGGCAUGGUUUACAACGAGAGAUGACAAAAAUAACUUACAAAGUCAUGGUCACACAUGGAAGCAAGGUCAAUGGACAAAAUCAGAAGUUGAUUUACUCAAGAAGAAUAUUGAGGAGUAUUGUGCAGAGCGUGGAAUUGAAGAUGCUACAGAAAUAAUAUUUCAAAUGAGUAAAGAUGAACGUAAGGACUUUUAUAGGACAAUAGCUAAGGGUUUAGAGAGACCAUUGUUUUCUGUGUACAGACGUGUGACUAGAAUGUAUGACCAGAAAAAUCACGUUGGUCGUUAUUCUCCUGAAGAAAUGGAAAAACUACGUGAUUUGAGAGUCACUUUUGGAAAUGAUUGGAUUUCGAUUGGAACAGCUUUAGGAAGAAGUGCUUCAUCUGUGAAAGACAAAUGUCGGUUAAUGAAAGAUAAGUGUAAUUCUGGGAAAUGGCUAUUGGAGGAAGAAAAGCGUUUGACAGCAGCUGUACAUGACCUGGCCAAAAAGAAACCAGGAGAACAAGUAACCAGUGGAUUGUCUUGGGCUUUAGUUGCAGAACAAGUUGGUUCAAGAUCUGAGAAACAGUGUCGAACUAAGUGGUUGAACUAUUUAAAUUGGAAAGAAGUGGGUGGUACUGAAUGGACUAGACAAGAUGAUGUUCAGUUGAUCCUCAGAUUGUCUGAUUUAGAUGUUGAAAAUGAAUCAGACAUUGAUUGGAAUGAACUGUGUCAAGGGUGGCCCAGUGCUCGAUCACCCCAAUGGCUGAGGGGAAAAUGGUGGUCAUUAAAAAGGCACAUCAACAAUUAUCAAAAUUUAUCAUUC